UUUUAUUCCUUUUUGUCACCUUCAUACACUUGUUUUCUUUUGGCGGAUGAUGUUUAUAUAUAGUAAGCAUGAUAGGGAAUUUUCUCUUUUUUAUUGAAUUAUGGAGGGUUCGUCGGCUGAAUCCAAGCAAAAUCCAAGAUCAAACGUUGGAAAUAUUAGAGCUAUCUUCGACACAUGGAAUUUUUAUGCAGCGUUAUUUCGCCGCGUAAAAACAUUAAAUCUACGAAAAAUUUUCAAAUUUCAUAAAAAAAAUUGUCACUUUCUGUCAUGUAAUAAAAAGGUGACAAAGGAAAAGUAGAAAGAGAAAAAGAAACUAAAAGUCACUCAAUCUCUCUGAAAUCUGAAUUCAAAAAGAAAAAACUAAAAGUCUCCUUCACUCUCUUCAGUUUCUUGCUUUUGCUUUCUUCUUCACUUUCUUCUUGGUGUUCUUUUUGUUGAAUAUAAUUUUUCAAGGAAAAAAAUGAAUUCAAAUCACUUGCUUCUCGAAGAGCCCAUAAGAAUGUCUUCCAUUCUCGAGCCACCUAAGCCCAGUUUCUUUCCUGCAAUGACGAAAAUUGUAGGGACACUCGGUCCAAAGUCGAGAUCUGUUGAAAUAAUUUCCGGCUGUCUUAAGUCUGGAAUGUCUGUGGCGAGGUUCGAUUUUUCAUGGGGUGAUAGUGAAUUUCACCAACAGACAUUGGAAAAUCUGAAGAUAGCUGUUAAGAGUACUAAGAAGCUCUGUGCUAUUAUGCUUGACACAGGAGGUCCAGAAUUGCAAGUAGUUAACAAAACGGAGCAACCCAUUUCCCUUGAGGCAGAUACAAAAGUCAUCCUCACCCCAGAUCAAGAUAAACAAGCUACUUCUAAUCUUCUACCAAUAAAUUUUCAUGGGCUGUCUAAGGCAGUCAAGAAGGGAGAUACUAUCUUUAUUGGCCAAUACCUGUUUACAGGAAAUGAAACUACUUCCGUGUGGUUAGAGGUUGCUGAGUUGAGUGGUGAAGAUGUGGUUUGCCUAAUCAAGAAUUCUGCUACCUUGUCUGGGCCAUUGUAUACCUUGCAUGUCUCUCAAAUUCGUAUUGAUAUGCCCACUUUAACAGAUAAGGAUAAGGAGGUUAUAAGCACAUGGGGUGUUCGAAACAACAUAGACUUCCUUUCUUUGUCUUAUACCCGACAUGCAGAAGAUAUUCGUCAUGCUCGUGCUUUUCUUUCUAAACUGGGUGAGCUCAACCGGACUCAAAUUUUUGCAAAGAUCGAAAAUAUUGAGGGAUUAACACAUUUUGAUGAGAUCUUACAAGAAGCAGAUGGAAUCAUUCUUUCUCGAGGAAAUUUGGGGAUAGAUCUCCCAACAGAGAAGGUGUUUCUGUUUCAAAAAGCUGCUAUUUACAAGUGCAACAUGGUUGGAAAGCCUGCAGUGGUCAAUCGUGUUGUGGACAGUAUGACAGACAACCUAAGACCUACUCGUGCUGAAGCAACUGAUGUUGCAAAUGCUGUGUUGGACGGGAGUGACGCAAUAAUUCUAGGUGCAGAGACCUUGCGGGGACUAUACCCCGUUGAGACUGUUUCUACAGUUGGAAAAAUUUGUGCAGAGGCGGAAAAAGUAUUCAAUCAAGACCUAUAUUUCAAGAAAACUGUCAAAUAUGUUGGGGAACCAAUGAGUCAUCUGGAAUCCAUUGCUUCCUCAGCUGUACGUGCAGCUAUUAAGGUGAAAGCCUCCGCAAUUAUUUGCUUCACUUCAACCGGAAGAGCUGCAAGGCUGAUUGCAAAGUACAGGCCAACCCUGCCUGUGAUAUCUGUUGUCAUCCCUCGGCUAAAGACAAAUCAACUACAUUGGACUUUCUCCGGUGCUUUUGAGGCAAGGCAAUCCCUUAUUGUCAGAGGCCUUUUCCCCAUGCUGGCAGACCCUCGACAUCCGGCAGAGUCGAAAACUGGCACAAAUGAAUCAGUCUUAAAGGUUGCUUUAGAUCAUGGAAAGGCCUCAGGUGUUAUUAAGCCACAUGACCGUGUUGUUGUUUGCCAGAAGCUUGGUGAUGCAUCAGUCGUGAAGAUCCUUGAACUUGAAGCUUAGAUUUAAUUUUGCAUCUAAUGUUCAUGAGAAGUUUUCAGUUUGCCAAGUCCAUGUUUUAAACAUGUAUAACAUAAAGAACUAUGCUUGGACAUACUGACAUACCUUCUAUUCCGGCAGCAUACAUGAUAGCUAUCAUGAAAUAAACAGUUUUUUCAAUAAAUGUAUUGUCAAAUGUGUUGAUCCUCAUUUAGCAUUCCAUGAGGGUGUUUGCCCUUCUAAAUUGGUGUAAUUUUUGCUACUCCCUUGUAAACUUUGAAUAUGAAGGUAGGAGGUAAAAAUUUUCUAGUAGAAGAGGUAGCAAGUUAAUGAUGAGAAAUUAAUAAGGUA